UGAAUCGCUAAAGUGCAGCGUUUAAGAUCAGCGGGUUCUACACACGCAAUUAAUUUUCGAUCUUACCCUCCGUAUUCUCCACUUUCGCACCUUCCCGUUCUUCUUCAGGGAAAUUAUCCCAAGCUUCUGCAGACCUUCCCUCUUUUAAACAAAAUCUCUUCCUUAGCUUUUGUCACCCAGAUGCAAUGCCGACUCCUCCCCUGGCAGCUGGGUCGAUCCGACCCGAGAAAGGUCAUCUUCUCGGCCAAGAUGCGCCUGACUUUGAUGCUCAUGGGAGAGCUCUGUAAAUACUCUGUUCGGGCCAUUCUUACUUUCGUUGUGGUGUUUGAGUUCUAAUAGAGUAUCUUUCAAACACAAGACAUUAUCAGACAAGGCUUUUAUUGGAGAGUUGGACAAGGGAGUGCUAUUAAUAUAUGGAAUGAUCCGUGGAUCCCUGAUAGAAAUUUCCCGAUGGUGUCUUCGACCCCUAUUCCUGGUCUGGAGCACGCUACUGUGGAUAGCCUUAGAAGUGAAGAUGGAUUAACCUGGGAUCGUGAUUUGCUAUUAGAUAUCUUUGAGCAGUGGGAUGUUCAACUGAUACAGGGGAUCCUGAUUAGUUUUAGGAGGGUCCCCGAUAAGGUUUGUUGGAGAUGGGAGGAGUCUGGAAGGUUCUCUGUGCGCAGCUGCUACCAGUUCUUGGCAGGAGAAAUGACGAAUGGAGCUUGGUCAGGUUGGACAGCUAUGUGGGGGUGGAGCUUGCCCCCUAAAAUUAAGAAUUUUUUCUGGCAAGUGUGCUGCGGUUUUCUUCCGACGAUGGCGAAUCUGAGGCUGAUGAGGGUAAACUAUGCUGAGAGUUGUGGUCUUUGCGGACAGGGAUG